GUCAAGUUCGGAUCAGAUCAGGAAGGAGCGCACCGGCAGAGCGAGACAUUCGGCACCAGGGAAGAGACGCACACUUUCAUGCCAUUUGACAUUAUUUCUCCCAUCAUCGAUUAAACACAGAGAUUUCCUUCAGAAAAAAAAGUGAAGAGGAUCCCCAAAGGACGCAGGGGGAGACAUGCAGCCGGCGGCGAGAUGGACUCUGCUGAUUCUCCUCGUGGUUUUGAUAACGCAGGACUGCUUCUCCUCCAAGGCAGAGGACCGGCUGUUCAGGAAGCUGUUCAGAAGAUAUAACCAGUUCAUCAGACCAGUGGAGAAUGUGUCUGACCCUGUCACUGUGGAGUUUGAGGUUUCCAUCUCACAGCUGGUCAAAGUUGACGAGGUGAAUCAGAUCAUGGAAACAAACUUAUGGCUCAGACAUAUUUGGAAUGACUACAAGCUGAGAUGGAAGCCGGCUGAGUUUGAUGGGAUUGAGUUCAUUAGAGUUCCAUCGAACAAGAUUUGGAGACCUGACAUUGUGCUCUACAACAAUGCUGUAGGUGAUUUCCUUGUGGAGGAUAAGACCAAGGCUCUGCUCAAGUUUGAUGGUACCAUCACCUGGGUUCCUCCAGCCAUUUUCAAAUCCUCCUGCCCCAUGGACAUCACCUACUUCCCCUUUGACUAUCAAAACUGCUCCAUGAAGUUUGGCUCCUGGACUUAUGACAAAGCCAAGAUUGACCUGGUACUAAUUGGGUCCAAGGUGAACCUGAAAGACUUCUGGGAGAGCGGCGAGUGGGAAAUCAUUGAUGCUCCAGGCUACAAGCAUGAUAUCAAGUACAACUGCUGUGAGGAGAUCUACCCAGACAUCACCUACUCCUUUUACAUCCGGCGCCUACCACUCUUCUAUACCAUCAACCUUAUCAUCCCCUGCCUCCUCAUCUCUUUCCUCACAGUGCUGGUUUUCUAUCUCCCGUCUGACUGUGGAGAGAAGGUCACGCUCUGUAUCUCCGUCCUGCUCUCCCUCACUGUGUUCUUGCUCGUUAUCACAGAGACCAUCCCCUCCACGUCGCUGGUCAUCCCGCUCAUUGGAGAGUACCUGCUCUUCACAAUGAUCUUCGUCACACUCAGCAUUGUCAUCACUGUGUUUGUAUUGAAUGUACACUACCGCACACCAAUGACCCACACUAUGCCGGGUUGGGUGCGCUCAGUGUUUCUCAAAGUGCUGCCAAGGAUUAUGCUGAUGCGGAGACCGAUUGAUGAAGACAGCAAGGCUGGGGGGUUGGACAGCAGUGGGGAGGCAGGAGGAGCUGGAGGGGGAGGAGGAGGCGGAGGAGGGAAAGGAGGGAAGAAAAGGAAGAAUAGCUUGAUGCAGCAGGUCGGAGGAGGCUCCCUCAACUGUCUGGAGUUUGGGGACAGUAAGGUCUCCUCCAUUGAGGGCUGCACUGGGAAGAAAUGCCCUUGCCCCUGCCAGCAUGGGAAGGAGACUCCAGAGACACCAGACACAGGGAAGAUGUCAUGUCAGUUGAGUCCACAGAGCAUCAAUACAGUGGUGGCCUUUUCUGUGGUUUCACCUGAGAUUAAACAGGCCAUUGAGAGUGUCAAAUACAUCGCUGAGAACAUGAGGAGCCGCAACAAGGCCAAAGAGGUGGAGGAUGACUGGAAGUACGUUGCCAUGGUGAUUGAUAGAAUCUUCCUUUGGGUGUUUGUGACCGUGUGCGUCCUGGGAACCAUGGGCCUCUUCCUCCAGCCGCUUUUUGGCUUCGUCUCAUAACCGCUGACCAACCAGGGUUUUCUUCUACCCUGUGCCAACCAAUCCUGAACAAGUGACUAACUCUCAGUUCUCAGAUGACGAAUCAGAAAACAGAGUUUUGAGUCCUAAAGUCCUAAUUGGUGUGCUGGUUUUGCUUCUUGCCUUUUGUAGAAAGCAGUAUCUACAAAAGCAGUGAAGUUGAGGAAAAAGGUUUUUCAGAGGUUUGAAGGCUGGUCAGUAAACUGUGUAACAGACACAAAGGUUGUAAGCCUUAAUUUUAUGCCUUUUCAGGCUGCUUAUUUUACCAGAGGGGAAAAAAAUGCCAUAGAAACUAAAAAUGCAGACACUGCACUCUGCCCUUGGAUAAUUUUCACAGAAAGCAAGGGGAUAAUGCUAUAUCUACACAGAAAAUAUGUUCUUUCAGCUUUGGUCAAUUGGGACUAGAAAAUUUACUUUAUUUUGUAUAGUAAGAUAGUUCACAAGCAUUACAGACAUAUCACAGUGUAAAUGUCUGUCCAUUUACACUUAAAUCAAUAAAAUAAGUGAAGCUAUAAUUUAACAAUUUAAAUAUUUGAUUUAAAUGUAGCUUAACCACACUUAAUUGCAUAGAUUCCAUCAGAGUCAAAGGGUGAAGUGGUGGUUACAGCUACUCUGCUAAAAUAGUAGAAUUAGCAGGAGUUGAGUUGGGCUUAUUCACUCCUUCCUGACUGGAUUAAUCUGCUGCCUCAUUUAGUUAUAUGCAAUAAUUCAGGGAAUUACUGAAAUGACAUUUCAUCAAAACAGACAGUUGUCAGGUAACAGCGACCAAAAUCAAACAAUAAAUGAAGUUUUAGUUUUAGCUCAAGGUAGUCAUUGCUAACAGCUGGCUUUCAAUUGAUGUAGUUCUCUCACUUUUCCCGUGUAGUUGGCUAUAUCUCUGUGGCAGAGAGUGCAGUAAAUGCUACAUCAUAGCUUAUAGUCCAGAGAUUACACAGAACAGAGUGCAGUUACUGUAACUUGGCCAGCAAUGGAGAGCUGAAGUGUUAAUGUCAUGUCUGGACUAAACUCUGUUCCAAUAGCUUCAGUAAGUCUCUCUGAAGCUGUGUUUCUGGGCUUUUCUCUCCAUAUUCUAAGCUAAAUUGCCAUCCACUACGAUACCUGCUUUCAACCAAGUUAAACAACAAUAACUUUGUCGACACAGAAAAAAACUCUUAUACCCUUAUAAGAGGCAACUACAAUGGUACUUGUAAUGUCAAAACCUGGUUUCAUCCCUAUCCAUAUUCACCAAUGUUCUUCUCUAAAGAUAUUUUUUCAGUGUUCUAAUUGUCAUUUCUGGAGUCAAAUAACUUGUUGUGUUCAGUCCUCUCUGUCCCAUUGUUCCAGUCACCUCUAGCUAACCACAAUCUCUACUAAUGGGCUUGUCUCCUCUGUCCAGCCAUAAUAUUUAUUGUGUAAACAAUUAAACACGAGAAAGCCAGUAUAAUACUAAUAUCCACAUCUACUGUUAAGAAAAGCUCUCUUCCAAAAUUGGAUCUGUCAACCUAUCAAACUUUACCAGGUAGUUUAAAAUAUAUGUGUUUAAAUUUCAUUGUUUGUAGUAUAGUUACAAAGGUCAGUGGGAUUUUUGGGAGUUUUUCAACUUCAGGAACAGAAACCAGAAUUUUCAUUUUCACUUCGGCUCUCUAUACAAAGCAAUUACUGUGGUUUGGUUUCCAUAGCUCCUGCUAAUUUUACACGCUGUCUCUGCGGAAUUUAUUUCUAUGGCAUAGUCAUUUCCAUAUGAUAAAACAGAUGUCAGGAAAGUACAUUCAGGUCUCAACUUAAUUUUGACCAAAUACUGCAUUUCAGCCUUGCAGUGCUGAUUCCUGCAUGGUUUGAAAAGGGUAUAUUAGAACUUGGCUUGGAUCACAACUUGGCACAUCCAUUAGUCCUUCAGGACUGGAACUUGAACAUCCAACAGAUGUUAGUGAACUGGGAACUAUCCACAUCCAGUAGACAUGAUACGAACUCUCUACCGCACAGCACUCAACCCUACAGCAGCUAGUUUAGUCUCCCCCCAUUGAGCUGACUGAUGACUGUCAUACCCAUUCCCCAGUCUGAUUUAUCAAGCUGCUCACUGUCAGAGCCAAUCGCACUCUCUGCUUCUGUGUGACAUUUCCAAUUAGAGUUCAGAUUUCUGGCUCUCUUGGCAACGCUUUUAACAAAUAAGGGCAGGCUGUUCUUCUUUUUGUAAUUAGAAACCAUGUGUUUAUAAAUGUUCUCUCUGAUUAAUGUUCCACAAGGUAAUUGGUUGGCCUGGUAAAUACUGAAUUAAAUGGUACUUGAUUAGUUGCUGAAAUCGCAUUACAUUUAUUAAUUCAUGAGAGGAUUCUAUCAUCCAAUUCCAUGGCUAUUAAUUUAAUCUUUUUUCCUGUCACUUUUGAUUAAGUUUACUAUUAACAGCAAACAUGCACUGCAAGAAACAUGCAUGACAUACAUUUUAAUUGCUUUGACCACAAAUACAUUGUCCUCAGAUUAUAGCACUACAGGAGACUGCUUCAUUUAUUUAAUUUCAUUUAUCUCCUCCCUUUUUGGUUAUAUCUGUCUGUUAUGUUGUGAUGCAUCCAAAAUGCAAAACUCAUGCUGAAGGGAGCAAACAUGUUUGUACAGAUGAUCUUUGACGAACUGAAAAUAAAUGCAAUAUUUCUUCAAAUAAAGUGAAUAGUAUUUGCUGGUAGAUAUAUGCAUGCACACACACACACACACACACACACACUGACACAGAGGGAUUGCUUUGAUAUUUUUGUUGUC